AUGAAGCUGGAGGAUCUUCCCGGGGCUGUCUUUGAAAUGGAAAUGACUGGCCACAGCUACAACAUCUACAAUGCUGUUUAUGCUGUGGCUCAUGCUUUGCACGUUGUACACAUGUUGGGGUUCAAUAGGAAGACAACUAAGAUGGCUGGGGAGAGAGUGUUCCUGAAUGAGAAAGGGGAAGCAACUGGAGGAUUCGACAUCAUCAACUUGAUCCCUUUUUCAAACAGAUCCCUUCAAAGAGUUAGAGUUGGUAAGAUGGAUCUCCAGGCUCCCCAUGGGAAAGAAUUAUUCAUGGAUGAAGAUUUGAUUGUCUGGCACCCAGCUUUUAAUCAGAACCUUCCAUUUUCACAAUGCAACGAUCCCUGUUUCCCUGGAUAUUGGAAGAAAGGAAUUGAGGGAAGUCAAUUCUGCUGCUAUGACUGUGUUCCAUGCCCAGAAAGGAAGAUUUCAAACCAAAAUGAUGUGGAUGACUAUUCUGAAUGUCCAGAAGAUCAUUAUCCAAAUAAAGAAAAGAAAGGCUGUAUUCUGAAACCAGUAGUUUUUCUACCGUUGGAAGAAACUUUAGGAAUUGGUUUAGUGUCAGCAGCUCUUUGUUUCUUCUUCUUGACAACUUGGGUACUUAGAACUUUUAUUAAGCACAGAAAUACUCCCAUUGUCAAAGCUAACAAUCGGUCCCUCACCUACACCCUGCUUGUCUCUCUUCAGCUCUGUUUUCUCUCCUCUUUGCUCUUCCUUAGCCAACCUGCCAAAGUGACUUGCCUUCUUCGACAACCAACUUUUGGCAUCACCUUCUCAGUGGCCAUUUCUAGUGUACUGGCCAAAACCAUCACCGUGGUUGUGGCUUUCAUGGCCACUAAACCAGGAUCUCAGAUGAGGAGAUGGGUGGGGAAAAGAUUGGCUUUUUCUAUUGUCCUUUCAUGUUCCCUCUUUCAAGUAUGUAUUUGUAUUCUUUGGUUGUCGACAUUUCCCCCAUUCCCUGAGUUGGACAUGCACUCAGAGCUCCAAGAAAUGAUUUUACAGUGCAAUGAAGGGUCAGCUUCCUUCUUCUAUUGUGUCUUUGGCUACAUGGGUAUCUUGGCCAUUGCCAGCUUUAUUGUGGCUUUUCUUGCCCGUAAAUUACCUGACAGCUUUAAUGAAGCCAAGUUCAUCACCUUCAGCAUGUUGGCCUAUUGCAGUGUAUGGAUCUCCUUCUUUCCAGCCUAUCUAAGCACAAAGGGAAAAGCCAUGGUAGCUGUGGAGGUCUUCUCCAUCUUGUCCUCCAGUGCUGCAUUACUAGGAUGCAUAUUUUUGCCAAAAUGCUACAUCAUUGUUUUCCAACCUGACCUCAACCACAGUGGGAAACUCAUAAAGAAGAAUUAG